UUUCAUAACAACAACAACUUCUUAAAACAACAACAACAAGAAAGGAAAAGCAAGCAGGUGACUUUUACAUACAAAUGUCUCAGCCGCCCGAAGAAGAAAGCGCUCGGCCACUUCGAGAUGUUGACCUAAGAGCCGCAGAAAGAGGUGUAUGGUUGGUCAAGGUCCCAAAGUACCUCUCUGAGAAGUGGAAGAGAGCCUCUGGAAAGGGAGAGGUGGGCAAGUUGAAGAUCAUCAGCACAAAGAUCCCUGGUGCCCAGCCCGAGGUGACAUUCUCCAUGAAUGAGGCCCAGGCUCAGGUACAGGUUCCCGGCAGAGGGACCGCCACACCCAAGGAGCACAAGUUCAAGUUGACUGGUGUAGGGAACCAAAACUUGGUUGUCUUCUCAGAGAACAAAGGUGAGGGUACCACAGCAGCCGAGAUAACAGAGCGUAUUGCCAUAGAGGGGAAGGUAAUACAGAGGGCAGAGUGUCAGCCUGUGGUGGACAAGAGCUACAUGCAGCUCAAGAAACGUCAUGUGGAGGAUUCCAACAAACCCAAGCGUGAAAUCAAGCAGAUCACAGGUGUGGUCACAACCUACAAGCCAGUCAGCAACCAUGCCGCUAAUAUUGAGCAUGAAAAGAAGAUUAAAGAAGGGGGGAAGAGAAUACGAGAUGAGCGGGACGUGGUAACGAACAAACUGUUUGAGAUCUUUGAGAAGCAUCAGUACUAUAACAUACAGGACCUUGUACGCCUGACAAACCAGCCUGUGACCUAUUUGAAGGAGAUUCUUCAAGACCUGUGCAUCUACAACAUGAAGGCCCCACACCGCAACAUGUAUGAGCUGAAGCCAGAGUAUCGCCACUACAAGGAACAGAAAUGAGACUGGCUACCUAGCAACCGAAGCUGUUGUUAAGCAUCGUUGAGAUCUAUGCCUUGCAGAGCUCUGUUGGUGCUUGUUUUGGUGUUGGGGGCAACAAGAGUUAAUUUGAGCCUGAAACCGAAUUUUGAAGGCCUUUGCAAACAGUUUGGAUCCAGAUGAGACGCCACAGAAUUCUGUGGCGUCUCAUUUGGAUCCAAACUGUUUGCUAUUCUGAUAGUAUUCUUUGAAAAAAAAUCGAAGAAAAUGCUAAUUUUAGAAAUCAGCAGACGACAUUUUAGCAGACGACAAAUUUCCCAGCAUGCAAAUAGUUAAUUUGAGCCUCAUUCUAGAUAAACUGGGGUUACUGCAUGUGGGUAAAGUGUCGUGCCUGAUAAGCCUGUUGAGUCCCAAGGCGUAUCUGUGAGGUCACUUGACCCAUACAAAGGUCACUUGACCCGUACAAAGGUCACUUGACCCAUACAAAGGUCACUUGACCCAUACAUAUUAAGCCCAGUUUUUCCAGAACGACGCUCAUGUGAAAAUGCAGGCCAUGUGAUUGAACAAUAUGCAUAUCGGACACCGUAAAAAAAUUCAUGUUAAUGUUGUAAUCUUGUUAACAAGCACCAUAUAGAAAUCAAGGUUACUUUAUUAAAAAAAAACUGGAAAAUCAGCUCAAGAUGUCAGCCAUAUAGUGUUGUAUAUCUAUACGAUCAUACCAAAAAAACAUGGCAAUAGUAUGAAAUAAUUUAGUUUUUAAAAUGAUGAAUUUAUAAUUAAGGAGUUUUAAAAUGAAUAGUAAAAUCUUUGCCUAGUGAAAUGGCAAACAUCACCUUGGUAAGGGUUUCCCCCGUUCUGAUAAUGCUACUGCAUCACUUAUAACGGUGCUAUUUUCCAGAAUAGUCAUCUGGAAGUAUUGACUUAUUUGUUAACAAGACCUUUAUAGUCUUAUUUUGGUUAUCAAAAUAAAAACAUCUGUUGAAAAUCGUGUUUCUGCUUUUUUUUCAGCUUUUUACUGUGAAAUUUUGUUAGCAAGAUUUAUAUUAAAAUAACAAAUUUGUA